CAAUUGCACCCCCUCUCUCUCCACCACCUCCCAUUUAUAUUCCCUUCCUACCCUCUUUUGUCCCCAAUCACUUUCUUCCUCUUCUCUCUCUCUUUCUCUCAACAAGUUUCAGGUUCCAUUCCCACACACACACACACUCUCUCUCUCUCUCUAGCAAUAUACACAUGGGUAGAUCUCCUUGUUGUGAGAAAGAGCACACAAACAAAGGAGCUUGGACCAAAGAGGAAGAUGAGCGCCUCAUCAACUACAUCAAGCUUCAUGGCGAAGGCUGUUGGAGAUCCCUUCCCAAAGCUGCAGGGUUGCUUAGGUGUGGGAAGAGUUGCAGGCUGAGAUGGAUAAAUUACCUAAGGCCUGAUCUCAAGAGAGGCAACUUCACUGACGAAGAAGACGAGCUCAUCAUCAACCUCCACAGCUUACUCGGUAACAAAUGGUCUCUAAUAGCAGCGAGGUUACCGGGAAGAACCGAUAAUGAGAUAAAGAACUACUGGAACACCCACAUAAAGCGUAAACUUUAUAGCCGUGGAAUUGACCCUCAAACCCAUCAACCACUCAACGCUGCACCCGCACCUUCCACCAAAACAAUAACCCCACCACCACCAACAACAACAGUUCCACCUACGGCCACAAACAACAACGACAACAAGAAGAGAACAUACAACAGCAGCGACAACAGCAUCAAUUUUCGUCUAUUUGGUGUUGCUUGUGCCAAGAAUAAUAAUACUGAUGGAACAGACUACUACUCAUCAGGAGGGGGUGAUGAAGAUUCAAACAGCAGCAGUGGCGUCACAACGGAGUUAGAAGCAUAUCCUAAACUCAACUUGGACCUCUCCUUAGGCCUUCCCUCUCCUCUUUCUUCCAUAAUCCACACACAAAACCCAAAACGACACCGUCAACAACUACAAGCUGCUUAUUCCUUUUGUACGUGUCAAACUCUAGGGUUUCAAAAAAGUAAUAACCAACCUUGUGCCUGCAAAGCUAAGCCUGGUGCUGCUACUGGAAGUGCUGGUGCUGCUGCUUCGAAUAAUAGUAGUAAUGAUAAUAAUGUGUAUAACAGAUUUCAAUUUACAAGCUAAUUAAUUAGUCCAUAAAAUAGAUAUAUAAAUAUAUAGAGAGAAACAUUUCUUUUUGGGGAGGGGGAGUUAGAGAGUUUAAUAUAUGGAAUGGAGUUGGAGUGGUUUAUUCCAUGUGAUAUGUUGUUGCGACAGUUAUUGACAGUCAGCAAGGACGACCAGUAGUUGUAGAUUUCGAAACCCCCUUCUUUGAGAAAAUUUCACAUGAUUUUUGUUGA